CGCCACCCCCGCAUCGGCUGUAGGCGCGCCGGGCAAUCGUUGUUCAGCGUGUCAUACAUAACCUGCGUCUCCUUGGACUACUGCCCGUUCACCGUUCCUCUCAUCCUGCCUGUGGUCAUACUAUGCCGCCCCCCAAGCUGCCCCGCCCCGCCCGCUUCCUCGCCCGACGCUCAUACGCGACCUCGGUGCGCCCCCCACUGAGCGCACUCACUCCCACGGCGCGUGCGAAGGCGGAGCAGAUCUCGGCCGACUGGAAGGGCACCAGUGCGACGGGGGAGAAGACGAAGAACUUCAUUGGCGGCGCGUUCGUCGAGAGCAGCGCGGAGUCGUGGAUCGACGUCGUCGACCCGGCGACGCAGACGCUGCUUACGCGUGUACCGGAGACUACUUCGUCAGAGUUUGACCAGGCUGUGGCUGCGGCAUCGGAGGCGUACAAGACCUGGAGUCGAUCGAGUGUUCUCACUCGCCAGCGAUUCGUUCUGGAACUGCAGCACUUGCUGCGUAAGAACGCAGAUGCAGUCGCGAAUAGCAUAGUCCUGGAACAGGGCAAGACGCUUGCUGAUGCGCAUGGAGAUCUGCUCCGCGGUUUGCAGGUCGUUGAGACCUCGUCAAAUGUACCUACUGCAUUGCUCGGUGACACAAUCGAAGUCAGCAAGGACAUGGAUACUUCAACACGGCGUCUGCCAUUGGGUGUCUGCGCUAGCAUCGCACCCUUCAACUUCCCUGCCAUGAUUCCUCUUUGGACAAUCCCCAUGGCCCUUUCGACAGGAAAUACUCUGAUAGUGAAACCGUCAGAGCGUGACCCUGGAGCCGCUAUGAUCAUUGCGGAGCUGUGCCAGCGCGCGGGACUUCCAGACGGCGUGCUGAGCGUUGUACACGGGACUGUACCGACCGUGAACUCGAUCUGCGACCACCCUUCGAUCAAGGCCAUUUCCUUCGUUGGUGGUGAUCGUGCGGGCAAGCACAUCUACGAACGGGGGCGCAAGACAGGCAAACGUGUCCAGUGCAACAUGGGCGCAAAGAACCACGCUGUCAUUAUGCCAGACGCCAACAAGAACCACGCACUCAACUCGCUCAUGGGCGCCGCCUUCGGUGCCGCUGGCCAGCGAUGCAUGGCAAUAUCUGUCGCCGUCCUUGUCGGGAACGCACAGGGCUGGCUGCCAGAGCUGUGCGAGCGUGCCGCGAAGCUCAAGGUGAACCAGGGCUUCGAGCAGGAUGCCGACCUGGGCCCUGUCAUUUCUCCGGCUGCGAAGCAGCGCAUUACGGGCUUGAUUGCGUCUGCGGAGGAGCAGGGCGGCAUCAUUGCCUUGGAUGGCCGUGGGAUCGAGGUGCCCGGAUACCCUGACGGGAACUGGGUUGGUCCAACGGUCAUUGAGGCGACGGCGGACAUGCGAUGCUACAAGGAAGAGAUCUUCGGUCCCGUGUUGGUCGUGUUGAGGGCAGACUCCGUUGAAGACGCUCUGGCGAUUAUCAACGCUAACCCGUACGGUAAUGGGACGGCAAUCUUCACGAAGAGCGGGGCGACGGCUCGCAAGUUCGAGCGUGAAGUCGAGGUCGGACAGGUCGGCAUCAACGUCCCCAUCCCUGUGCCAUUGCCGAUGUUCUCCUGGAGCGGGAACAAGGCGAGCUUCCUCGGCGAUGUCCCUUUCUAUGGACGCGGUGGCAUCGACUUCUACACACAGAACAAGACUACCACUGCACUCUGGAAGGAGGAAGAUGUUCUCAAAGGGCAGGCCUCUAUGGCUAUGCCGACGCACGAUUGAGCAGUCAUCGUGGAAUUGGAUGAUACAUUCGAUCGCUGCAACUUGUAUAUUAUGCAUACCGGGAGCAAAUGUUUGGCCAGUUAGCCCGUAUAC